AUGCCUAGGGUCCAGGAAUUCCAACUUCACCCCUUGGGCUGGGAGAAUGACCCAGAGGAGGAGCGAUUCAAGCUCUCUACCCUUGACUACUUUUCGACAACGACCUACACCAACGCAGCUCUCUUUUUCAAGCUAGAGGAUGAACAGAAGCCCAAAGCUGCGGCAUUCCUCAAGGGAGGCCUAGAGCGGACCCUCAGCCAGGUUAGACACCUUGUUGGCACCAUUGAGAGGGACGAUGAUGGCCACCACUCCAUUGUCCGGAGGAAAACCAGUACUGUCAAGUUUGUCAUUCAGCACCUUGACUCCCCUGAGGACAAAUUCCCAUCCUUUGCUGAGAUUGAGCGAGCUCACUUCCUCUCGCCUAUACUUGGCGAUAUUAAUGUCUUGAGCAAUGCUCCAAUGACUUGCGGCAAUAAGCCAGAAGCCCACCCCGACAACAGCCCUGCUCUCUCAUCAUUCAAAGCCAACUUUAUCCCCGGCGGUCUUAUCUUGAACAUCCACACCCACCAUUAUACCAAUGGUAUUGUGGGCUGGUCCGCUUUUGUGAAGCAGCUGGCAGACAACUGUUAUGCCAUUGCAAAUGCGACCGACUUCCCCUCCUUUGACCCGAAGUGUCUUGAUCGCAGCCUCUAUGGCUCCUUAGGAUUCGACAGACCUUCGAUCUCCAAGGAGCAACAGAUCAAUGCGCCUCCUCGCCCCCCUCGCAACUCGCAGCACAGGCACUCGCAGGCGCUAAUGUUUCAUCUGCCCAAGAGCAAGGCUGCGGAGCUGAAAAAGGCUGCUUCGCCUAGUGAUGGCUCCUGGAUCACUACAUACAAUGCCGUCUGCGGCCUUAUGUGGCGUGUCCUCUCUAAGAACCGCGAGCGUCUGUAUAAGCCCGGCCUAGAUUUUAAGCCGAUCUGGGCACAAGGCGUCAGCAUAUCGAAGUUGUUUACCGACCCUCCGAUGCCUGCCAAAAUGCAGGGCAACCUACAAAUCGACAUCACAUCUGCCACGUCCAAUGUACCACAGCUAACUCUCGCUGAGAUUAUCUCAGAGGCACCUUUGUCGAAGCUAGCAAACUAUGCACAUCAAAUGACUGAUAGUGUUACUGCCGAUACGCUGGCCAGCGUUCUACAGAAAGUUGCGCGUGUGCGUAACAAGCAGGACCUGUCAAUUAACCUUGAUUCCUUCCCGCCCAUGGCUCUGCUCGUCAGCGACUGGCGGCAUGCUCGUAUCACCACAUUCGACUUUGGCUUCGGUGAGCCCGCUGCCUACCGACACUUGUUCGGUGGGGUGCCUCUAUGCCAAGCUAUUGUCUACGCGCCACGUAAGGGCCCAGCUGGGGAUGACGAGGGGAUGGAAGUAUAUGUUACGUUUGAGACUGAGCUCGUGGAGCAGUUGAUCAACGAUCCGGAAUGGAACAAGUAUUUCGAAUUCAGGGGCGUUGACGCGUGGGAGGAAGGAGGCCCGAGUAAUGAUAGAGCCAAGCUAUGA